CACCGUUUUAUAAAGUAAGAAGAGAUAAGAGUUAAAAGACACUCCUCAACAAGGCAAUCAAAGACACUUUCGAGAAUCCUUCUUCUUCUUCUUCUUCUUCUUUUCCAGCGAGUCAAGAUCAUCCGACGACUACUCUCUAAUUUUUAUAUAUAUAUAAAAUCAUGAUUUCUGUUGUAAUCAUCACUGAGCUACUGGUUGAAUACACGGCGGCCCUCGCGAAACUCACCGCCGGGAUUCUUCCGAGACGGCAAGGAGACAGAGGCGUCUUACGGAUUGGUGGUUUCUCUCUGCCUUGUCCACCUCGAACUUCUCCGAUUCCAGAUUUCUCUUCUCAUCUCGUCGAUUUCUGAUCUUUUCUUCUCAGAUCUCAAUUUUUGUGUUUUUCUCCAAAUCUUAUUAGAUAUUGUGACGGCCGAGAUCUUUUUCUCUAGAUUUUUUUUUUUUUUGGUAGGGAAACUCUUUCUCUGGAUGUUGGAUUUGCUCAGAGCUUUGUAAAAAUUGUUAAUGACUUUUUUUAUAAUAGAGGUUAUUAUCUUAAAGAACUCUUAAUCUUCAUCCCGCGUUUCUUAAUUCUGAUUAUAUUUCAAUUGUCUAA